GUACGUGAAAGAUGGACAUGAAGCUGAGUGCGGGCCUAAGCUCAUCACAGCGGAACUUGUAGCCUUCCACUUCCCAAUUACCUCUUGUGGCUCGACCCAGCGGGAGGAGAAUGGGAGCUUUGUGUAUAAAACGGAUGUCUUGGGGAAGAGGAUGAUUCAGACGGGGCCACUGGGCUCAAUAACCCGGGACAGCACCUUCAGCCUGCACAUCCAGUGCAAGUACAAGGGGGAGCAUGAGGCAGGCUUACAAAUCAAUGUCUCAGUUUACACCCUCCCUCCACCACUAGCUGCUUCUGAAGAUGGGAUCCUGAGGCUGGAGCUGCGAAUAGCAACAGAUGGCAGCUACAGCUGGUGGUACAAGGACAGUGACUACCCCAUUCAGAGAAUCCUUCAGGAGUCGGUGUUUGUUGAGGUUCGUGUGAAGGAUCGCACUGACCCAAUGAUAGUCCUGAGAUUGCGUGACUGCUGGGCAACUCCUGUGCCAGCCCCUGACCAUGAGGUGCAGUGGAGUCUCCUGGUGGAUGGGUGUCCCUAUGAAGGUGAUGACUAUCUGACCCUCCUACACCCAGUAGGUGUCUCUUCUGGCCUGCAGUUCCCAACCCAUCACAAGCGGUUUGAAGUGAAGACGUUUGUUUUCUUGGAUGGAGUGUCUGAGCAGCCCCUCUCUGGACAG